UAGGUGUUUGUCUGCUCCUCAAAAAUUCUGCCCUCUUCCAUUGUGCCAACUUGCUGUCAAUGAUCGCUGGCCUCGAUUGAUCUCAAUUUGUUUUCUGACGCAGACCUGCAACGCGAACCUUCGUCCCUUCCAGCCUUGGAAAGCGUUCCACGAUACCCAAUCCAAUGAUUUCUGCCAUGGUUGCCAUCGGGAUUAAGCAUGCUCUGGACAGGAAUGAAUACCGCACCAAUGCCAGGACAUCCCGUGAAUUCAGCAUGCGAAGAGCAGGAGCAACCAUAGCUUGGGAUAUUCUAGAGUCAGGACUGAACUCCAGGGCUGUUGACCAUGCCAUCUGGCCUCCAGAGCCGCCUUGUUGCCAGAGUGGUGAGGCCAACGGAGCCGGAAACAAGACAGACACAAAAGAGGCCAAUGUUGUAGAGGAAGCAAGAGACGUAAGGAUUCUUUUUGAAAGACGUCUCUUCAAACGUCCGCAACGCUGUGAAGAAGGCGGCCCGAUGCUUCAAGCAUGUGCGGUGCCGAACCAGCUCCCGCCUGUUCUGUACCUGAAAUCCGAUGGCGUGGUUAGCGAUGCGAGUGUCGAGUCCGGACAUGACACAAGUAAGGACCCGGUAGUGAACGUUCUAGCCCGACUUCCGCUCAGGAACAAUUCGCCCGUUCACCCUGCGGAUCGUUCGGCAGAUCGCCCACCUCAAAAAGCAACACGUAGCAAGCAGCAAUCGCGGAUCGCUAAAGCUGGAAGGCGGACACACACUCAGCCAUCCACAUGCUCUUUUGAGACACGGAAUCAUGCAGCGAGGAUCGCCGCAAGAAAGGCUCUGAAAAGAGAUUUAAGCUAUCCAAGCUCAAGAAAUGGGGAGAACGUACCUCUAACCACAUUGCUGGAUACUGGAGCGGACUAUUCAGUAGCCUCUCGGAGAAUUGUGACACAAGGCGAUGCUGAAGUCCAUCUUCUAGCCACCCCGUUCACAUUGACGUCUGCUUUUGGAAACACUGUGACCAUAACCGAAUUUGCGAGGCUCAACGUGAGUUGCGGUUGUUCCAUACAUGCCGAGUCUGUGUCCAUCGAUGUCUUACUCUUGGACGAUGACGAGCUCUCGGGGUAUGAUGCUUACCUGUGUGCUUUUGACCUCAUAAGGAUGGGACACAUGAUAAAUGUGCCUUGCGAGGACCUGAAUGGGUGAAAAUGUUGACCGGUUACGCUAAACAACUGAGCUGGGCUGCAGAUCCUUGUCGUCGAAUCUGUGCCCUGAAUGAAGCAGUCGAGGAAGGCUCACUCAUUACAUCGUCAUGUACACAACCUCAAAGAUAGGCUUUUUCUCCAAUGACAAUAGGUUUUGAGACGGCUCAUAGAGUGUUUCUGCCCGAUGACUUGCAAGGGCCAUGUAAGCAACCACCCUCCAUCGUGAGAUUAGCGGCAAUUGUGU